GGAAACGUGCUCGCGGGGCCGCGCUGGGCUUGGGGAGAGAGUGACUUGGUGGACUUCUCAGCCCGGGGGCUCUGAGGCUGGAACCGCGGCGGCUCUCUUUGUUGAGGCUGCGUCUUAAACGGCAGUUGCUGUUUACCUUCUAGACACAGCAUGAGGGGCUGUUGUGGGGAGACGGGCCUCUCCACGCUACUGGCACGUUGUCAAGAAGCAGGCUCACCGCCUUGUUUGUGCGUCUCCAAGUUUCAUUGUCUCAUCGACACCCCAUGUUUCGCGGAACCGCCGCAUGGCUUCUCUGUUUCUCGCGGGCGGGGGUGUGGGCCCAGGUCGGGGGGUCCCUCGCCCCGCUUUGCUUCGUCGGGAUCUGGGGCGACCGGGACCGCGGCGCCGCAGCGCCUUUGUUUGAAAGUUGGGCUCCGGGGCCCCCACUCACUCCCAGCUGGGCCCGGGCACUCUUCUCUAGGGAUGGGGUAUUUUCACAAUUGAAGGAAUGCGACUUUGGCCCCCAGAUCGCCCUCGGGUGUCGGUAGGUUUAGCAAGGUAGACUUUAAGAAAUUCCCAGCCUCUGAAAGUUUUCCCACGAGGAAUUUGGGGCACGAUGAAGAGUGAGGACUGAGGGCGAGCACCUUAAAAGCGGAAUGCAGUCAGAAUGAGUCCAACUGUGACAAACUGGCUUGGUUGUAAGUGCAAAGAGUGAGUCUGUCAUUGUUUCCGCGAGGCGGUCUGGAAGCGUUACAACUAAAACUUGCCGUCAGUGUGGUUUAAAAACAAAAUAGAAAGGGGAAGAAAAAAAGAAACACCAUGAAAGGUAAAAGAGUGUGAACUCCCUUUUGAAGUUAACUUUUUGAGUCCCCGACUGGGAAGUACCCCCGAAUAUUCCGUGGUAGCCGGAGUUGGCUUUUCUGUUGUGAUUUAUGUGGAGUGGUUCAAAACAGAAGUUAAUCGCUCGGGGAAGCCAGCGCGGGAGCGGGGCCGGAGGGUGGGGGGGGAGGCGCUGCUGCGCAUGCCCAGGAACGUCCCCGAGUUUUUGUAACUAACAUUCUUUCAGACUAGUCCAGUAAAUUACAGUAAAAACAGUUGUGUUAAACCCAGACAGUCUCAAACCCCUCAAGGCCCCUCGGCCACGUUUUUACCCCGGAAGUCUGUUCGUUUGACUUUGGGCUGGUCACUGACACACGCUGGGCCUCUCACCUCGUGGUCUCUCUCAGCCAGAGUGAAAUAAAAAGCCCAAACUCGGGGCGUUCGCAGCAGUUGGUGGUUGGACUCCCUGCGCCCCUCCCCAAGGGCCGGUGAGAACGCGGGGCCUUCGAGAUUGGACGUUUCACAGGCUGAGAAAACGCGUGCAGGGGACAGACAGCCCGGCGUGGCCUCUGGCAGGCCGUGUCAACUCGGGGAAGACUGACAGGUGUUGUUGCAGUGUCUGGCAGUGAGACUGAGGAUGAUGACAGCAUGGACAUCCCCCUGGAUCUCUCCUCUUCUGCUGGCUCAGGCAAGAGAAGGCGAAGGGGCAACCUGCCCAAAGAAUCCGUUCAGAUUCUCCGAGAUUGGCUGUAUGAGCACCGAUACAAUGCCUAUCCCUCAGAGCAAGAAAAAGCAUUACUGUCCCAACAGACACACUUAUCUACACUACAGGUCUGUAAUUGGUUCAUCAAUGCCCGCCGCAGGCUCCUCCCAGACAUGCUGAGAAAAGAUGGCAAAGAUCCAAAUCAGUUCACAAUUUCCCGCCGUGGGGCCAAGAUUUCCGAAGCAAGCUCUGUGGAGUCAGCAAUGGGCAUCAAAAACUUUAUGCCAGCUUUAGAGGAGAGCCCAUUUCAUUCCUGUACAGCUGGACCAAACCCAGCCCUACGGAGGCCACUGUCUCCUAAGCCAUCAUCUCCAGGAUCAGUUUUGGCUCGCCCGUCCGUGAUUUGUCAUACCACUGUGACUGCAUUGAAAGAUGUACCUUUCUCUCUUUGCCAGCCAAUUGGUGUGGGACAAAACACAGAUACUCAGCAGAUAGCAGCCAGCAACUUUACAGACACCUCUCUCAUAUAUCCAGAGGACACAUGUAAAUCUGGGCCAAGCACAAACACACAGAAUGGUCUUUUCAACACUCCUCCCCCUACUCCACCGGACCUCAACCAGGACUUCAGCGGAUUUCAGCUCCUCGUGGAUGUUGCACUCAAAAGGGCUGCAGAGAUGGAGCGUCAGGCCAAACUUACGGCUUAACCCUUCUUCCAGUAAAACAGUUCUCACAAAUGUUAUGAUUGCCGGGGUGAUGGCAAGAGAUGAAUUGCAUUAUUUUAUAUAUUUUUUUAUUAAUAUUUGCACAUGGGAUUGCUAAAAUGAAGCUUCCUGUUACUGAGAUGUCUUCAAUGGAAUAGUCAUUCCAAGAACUAUAAACUCAAAGCUACUGUAGAAACAAAGAGUUUUCUUUCUAAAAUGUUUCUUGGUAGAUUAUUCAUAAUGUGAGAUGGUUCCCAAGAUCAUGUGAUUUUUAUUUUUUCUUCCCUUUCCCUUUUUUUGUUGUUUUUUCAGACUGUGCAAUACUUAGAGAACCUAUAGCAUCUUCUCAUUCCCAGUGUGGAACAGGAUGCCCACAAACUCCCUAAUUAAUAAAUUUUCAAUUUUUUUUUCAAACAAGUAUGAAUCUAGUUGAUUGAUGCCCUUUUUUUCAUGACGUAAUAAAGUAUUUUCUUUAAAA